UCUAGUCGUGAAGUUCUCAGGGCAAGAGUUUAAUUUCAAGUUAGGAAAUGGAGAUGGUUAAUAUAGGAGACAUUACAUUCUCAACUCCUCUUGUUCUAAUUCUCAUAAUGUCCAUCCUUCUGCUCUGGGCUGCUGAGAAGAGGCUCCGUGUGUCCAGGCUUCCACCAGGCCCUACAAGGUGGCCAAUCGUCGGUAACCUGAUGCAGAUCGGCAUUCUCCCCCACAAGGACAUGGCUCACUUCUGCUCCUCCUACGGCCCGCUUGUCUAUCUCCGCCUCGGCACCGUCGACGCCAUCACCACCGACGACCCGGCCGUCGUCCGCGAGAUCCUCGUCCGGCAGGACGACCUAUUCGCAUCCCGCCCGAAGUUGGUGUGCGCCCUCCAGUUGAGCUAUGGAGGUAGGGGCAUCGUCUUCGCUCCGAUUGGCCCGCAAUGGAAACGACUGCGCCGGACCUGCGUGGAGCACCUCCUCACCGCCAGGCGCUUCGAGUCUUUUUCCGAGAACAGGGCGCUGGAGGCGCUCCAACUCAUGCGCGAUGUGCGAGAGAAGGCGUGCAAAGGCGAAAUAAUCGAAGUGAACCAGGUGCUCGGCGCCUUCACGAUGAACAACGUGACGAGGAUGCUCCUGGGGACGCGGUACUUAGGGACCGGCCCAGCCGAGGGGGCUGAGCUGUUGAGCCUCACGAACCAACUGUUUUGUCUUCUGGGGUCGUUCUAUCCCGGCGACUACCUGCCUUUGUGGAGGUGGCUCGUCGACUUUUUCGUCGGGACGGAGAAGAAGAUUAGGGAGAUUUCCCGGAGGCUGGAUGGGUUCCUGCAGAGGAUUAUCGACGAACACCGGCAAGCCAUUGAAGCAAAGAAUCAAACAGAUGGUGGGCAUGGCGAGGACAGGGACUUCGUUGUUGUGCUGCUUUCAUUGCAGAUGGAUGUUAGGGAGAUGAAAGCCAUAAUGCUAGAUAUAUUCGCGGGGGGGACUGAUACUUCUGCGGUGGCGAUCGAGUGGGCGAUGGCGGAGGCGAUCAAGAACCCAAAGGUGCUGGAGCGGGCACGGGAAGAGCUGGACAGAGUGGUUGGACCGGAUCGUAUGGUCCGAGAGUCUGACUUGGGAGAUCUGAAUUACCUCCGGUGCAUAGUCCGGGAGACCUUCCGGAUGCACCCUCCGGUGCCGCUUCUGGUUCCCCACGAGUCGACGCAGGCGACCGAACUCAUGGGGUACGACAUCCCGGCGAAGACGCGGGUGUUCAUCAAUGCGCACGCAUUGGGGAGGAACAAACGCGUGUGGGGCGACGACGCAGACGAAUUUCAGCCUGAAAGGCACCUCCCAGCUGCUGACGGGGAGAAGGUCGAGGUUCUCCGCAAGGGUGAGCUCGAGAUCUUACCCUUCGGCGCGGGGAAGAGGAGGUGCCCCGGCGUGACGGGGGGAAUGACGUUGGUGUUGUUGGCCCUCGCGAAUCUCUUCCAUGGCUUCGACUGGGAGGCGCUGGAAGAGAUCGACAUGGAAGAGGCGUUCGGCUUGGUCCUGCGCAAAGCGAAGCCGCUGCGGGCCAUGGCGCGACCACGUUUGGCUCCUGCCCUGUUUCAGUGACCCCCGGCAUGGAUGGUACGUACGUAGCCGCAAUAAAUAAAUAAAUAAAUAUAAAGCAAUAAUAAACGAAUUACUUUGAGAUAAAUAAAAGGAUAAACCACCCUUUUCUCUAUAAAA